AUGAAGCUUUCAACAACAUUUUUAAUUGCUACAUUGGCUGCCAUCAUCCAAGCAGCUCCAAUCGAAGACACAGUGAGCAGCACUUCUCACGGUUGCACUGAUGAACCAGUUGAAAAACAUUUGCAACUUUCAAACUUUAAAGAGCCAGCUUUUCAGAGCACGCUACUUGGAAACGGUUUCGUCCAGCUGUUGAACGCCUACUUGGUUAGAUUUGUUUACGGAGACAGUUAUGCUGUUGAAAAAAGAAACUUGGAACCUUUGAUUGAAGAACUCGAGGCUGAAAAGGCAAAGAUUAUCCAAGAGGUUGAGGGUCUCCUCGGUAAGAGCAAGAGAAACUUGGAACCUUUGAUUGAAGAACUCGAGGCUAAAAAGGCAAAAAUCAUUCAAGAAGUGGAGGGUCUUUUUUGA